AUGCUGCGGCCUUGCGAGUCGCUGCUGACGGAUCCAAAUCCGAGCUCGCCGGCGAAUAGCGAAGCUGCGAAGCUUUGGUCUGAGAACCGGCGAGAGUACAAUCGCAGAGUGACCGAGAUCGUGGAGGAAAGCUGGGCCGCUGCCGACGCGCUUUGCGACGAGGAUGCGGCGAUGGCCGGUGAUGCUGCGGAGAGCUAG